GUCCGCGCUGCCCGAGCCUCGCGGGUGGGGCGGCCGCCGCAGGGGCGUUCGGACCAGACCUGCGCCCCCGGCCUAACUAGGUUGUUCCGCCGUCGCUGCCCGCCGCAGGGCACUUUCCUGUCCGGCCGCCGCGCUUUCCGUCCCUAAGACCGUGCCUGCGCUAGCCCCUAGCGCGCCCUGCUGCCCCUCUCUUCCUCGUUCAAAGCUUGUAAUGUCUUCGUGCCCGUUUUCUUCCCCCGAAGGCAGGCGCUCCCUGUGUAGUUCAGACUGGCCCUGAGCUCGGGGCAGCCCUCCCGCCCCAGCCUCCCAAAUGCUGGGCCGCCACGCUCGGCGCAAGGUCUUCGCCCUGCUCUGCUAGACCGAUUUCCGAGCUGGCGGUGCACCCCGAAGCGUGGAACGCCAGGCUUCAGCGAGGCGGUUGGAUGGUGAGAAAAGGAGAGGCUCCUGUGAGAAGAGAGCAGGAUGAGCAGAGGAAUCCGUACUUGAAGCUGGGUCACUUGAAAAUGAUCUUUUGGUGUGUGGAAGAGAUCUGAACAGAUGAAAAUACAAUCAGGAAAAUGCAACAUGGCAGCAGCAAUGGAGACAGAGCAGCUGGGUGUUGAGAUAUUUGAAACUGCAGAGUGUGAGGAGAAUAUUGAAUCACAGGAUCGGCCCAAAUUGGAGCCAUUUUAUGUUGAGCGAUAUUCCUGGAGUCAGCUUAAAAAGCUGCUUGCUGAUACCAGAAAAUACCAUGGCUACAUGAUGGCCAAGGCGCCACAUGACUUUAUGUUUGUGAAGAGGAAUGAUCCAGAUGGGCCUCAUUCGGACAGGAUCUAUUAUCUUGCCAUGUCUGGUGAGAACAGAGAAAACACACUAUUUUAUUCUGAAAUUCCUAAAACCGUUAACAAAGCCGCAGUCUUAAUGCUUUCUUGGAAGCCUCUUUUGGAUCUUUUUCAGGCAACACUGGACUAUGGAAUGUAUUCUCGAGAAGAAGAACUAUUAAGAGAAAGAAAACGCAUUGGGACAGUUGGAAUUGCUUCUUACGAUUAUCACCAAGGAAGUGGAACAUUUCUGUUUCAAGCUGGUAGUGGAAUUUAUCACGUAAAAGAUGGAGGGCCACAAGGAUUUACGCAACAACCUUUACAGCCCAAUUUAGUGGAAACUAGUUGUCCUAACAUACGCAUGGAUCCAAAAUUAUGCCCUGCUGAUCCAGACUGGAUUGCUUUUAUACAUAGCAGUGAUAUUUGGGUGUCGAACAUCAUAACCAGAGAAGAAAGAAGGCUCACCUAUGUGCACAAUGAGCUCGCUAACAUGGAAGAAGAUCCCAGGUCAGCUGGAGUAGCUACAUUCGUGCUUCAAGAAGAAUUUGACAGAUACUCUGGCUAUUGGUGGUGUCCAGAAGCUGAAGCAACUCCGAGUGGUGGUAAAAUUCUUAGAAUUCUGUAUGAAGAAAAUGAUGAGUCUGAAGUGGAAAUUAUUCAUGUAACAUCCCCGAUGUUGGAAACGAGGAGGGCGGAUUCGUUCCGUUACCCUAAAACAGGUACAGCAAAUCCAAAAGUCACUUUUAAGAUGUCGGAAAUAAUGAUCGAUGCCGAAGGAAGGAUUAUAGAUGUCAUAGAUAAAGAACUGAUUCAGCCAUUUGAGAUUCUGUUUGAAGGAGUUGAGUAUAUUGCCAGAGCUGGAUGGACUCCAGAGGGAAAAUAUGCUUGGUCCAUCCUACUAGAUCGUUCCCAAACUCGCCUACAGAUAGUAUUGAUCUCGCCUGAAUUAUUUAUCCCAGUAGAGGAUGAUGCCAUGGAGAGACAGAGACUCAUCGAAUCAGUGCCUGACUCUGUGACACCACUCAUUAUCUAUGAAGAAACCACAGACAUCUGGAUAAAUAUCCAUGACAUCUUUCAUGUUUUUCCCCAAACUCGUGAAGAUGAAAUUGAAUUUAUUUUUGCCUCUGAAUGCAAAACAGGUUUCCGUCAUUUAUAUAAAAUCACAUCCAUCUUAAAGGAGAGCAAAUAUAAACGAUCCAGUGGUGGGCUGCCUGCCCCAAGUGAUUUCAAGUGUCCUAUCAAAGAGGAAAUCGCGAUUACCAGUGGUGAAUGGGAAGUUCUCGGUCGGCAUGGAUCUAAUAUUCAGGUUGAUGAAGUCAGAAGACUGGUGUAUUUUGAAGGCACCAAAGACUCCCCAUUAGAACACCACCUGUAUGUGGUCAGCUACGUAAACCCUGGAGAGGUGACGAGACUAACCGACCGUGGCUAUUCCCACUCCUGCUGCAUCAGCCAGCAUUGUGACUUUUUUAUAAGUAAAUAUAGUAACCAGAAGAAUCCACACUGUGUGUCUCUUUAUAAACUGUCAAACUCUGAGGAUGACCCAACUUGCAAAACAAAGGAAUUUUGGGCCACCAUUUUGGAUUCAGCAGGUCCUCUUCCUGACUAUACUCCCCCAGAAAUUUUCUCUUUUGAAAGUACUACUGGAUUUACAUUGUAUGGGAUGCUGUACAAGCCUCAUGAUCUACAACCUGGAAAGAAGUACCCCACCGUGCUCUUCAUAUAUGGUGGUCCUCAGGUGCAAUUGGUGAAUAAUCGAUUUAAAGGAGUCAAGUAUUUCCGCUUGAAUACCCUAGCCUCUCUGGGUUAUGUGGUUGUGGUGAUAGACAACAGGGGAUCCUGUCACCGGGGGCUAAAAUUUGAAGGCGCCUUUAAGUAUAAAAUGGGCCAAAUAGAAAUUGACGAUCAAGUGGAAGGGCUCCAGUAUCUAGCCUCUCGGUAUGACUUCAUUGACUUGGAUCGAGUGGGCAUCCACGGCUGGUCCUAUGGCGGAUACCUCUCCCUGAUGGCAUUAAUGCAGAGGUCCGAUAUCUUCAGGGUUGCUAUUGCCGGAGCCCCAGUCACUCUGUGGAUCUUCUAUGAUACAGGAUACACGGAACGUUAUAUGGGUCACCCUGACCAGAAUGAGCAGGGCUAUUACCUAGGCUCUGUGGCCAUGCAGGCGGAAAAGUUCCCCUCUGAACCAAAUCGUUUACUACUCUUACAUGGGUUCUUGGAUGAGAACGUCCAUUUUGCACACACCAGUAUAUUACUGAGUUUUUUAGUGAGGGCGGGGAAGCCAUAUGAUUUACAGAUCUAUCCUCAGGAGAGACACAGCAUCAGAGUUCCUGAAUCUGGAGAACAUUAUGAACUGCAUCUUUUGCACUACCUUCAAGAAAACCUUGGAUCACAUAUUGCUGCUCUGAAAGUGAUAUAACUGUGUCCUGUGUAGAACUCUGGUAUACACUGGCUGGUAACCAAAUGAGGAAGUUUAGGUGACAGAGAAUACGGAAUCAAUCAUCACAUUUUGGUACCUGCCACAUAACAUCUUCUGAAAGUGAAUCUGGUGCCAUGUAGGCAUCUACAGCUUAUGAAUAGUAAUCUUACACCUUACACACACACACACACACACACACACACAUAUGAGUGAUACCGAUUCCUGAGGGAUCCAGCAGUACCAUGAGAAUAACUGAGAGAAAUAAGACAUUAGCACCACAUGUCCAUACUCCCUAUUUUCACUUUUUAAUAGCAUUAUAAACCUCAUGGACCUAAUUAGUGUAUUUUUACAGCAUAUUUCUGAGUUUGUUCAAAUAUGAUAUUAGUGAUUGGUUUGGUUCAUUUCCAGAAUCUCUGGACUAGUUACAGAUCUGAUAGCACUUACAUGUAAUGAAUAGCUUGUGCUUCAUUGCUCGGGAUAUAUCCAGCAUGUUGAGACUAAUCGCCGUUAACCCUUCAACUUAACCAGUGAAUGACUUUUCAAGGGUAAUUCAAUGGCCUCCUAAAGAUACCUACUUUGGCUCUGACCAGUUUUUAGCCAAUUUAAAUUGUAUCUAGUAUAAAUACUUCUCACUUUUCUUUGAUGAUAUGACAGAGUGUGUUUUUUUCCUUUCUCAUAAGGCAAGUGACUGUAUAUGUAGCAUGGAUUUUAAUUAGUCUUACAAUGUUGAUAAUUACAGGCAAGAAAAAUUUAAUCAGAUGAUUAGAGACCUUAAAUAUUUGCAGGCAAGUAUCCCCCUCACCCUCACCCUUUAGAAAAAGAAAAAAGUAUAGAUAUACUCAAAUUCAGCAAAUGUAGGGCCAGUUUUCACCUGGUAUUUCCUUACUAAAACGCUGCAGUGUUUUGGGGAGGUGGAAGAGAGUCACGGUGGGAUGGGGAGACCAGGUGGAAGGAGUGAGAGAGAGGAGGUGGCAAGGGUCUGCUGAAGAACCAGGCAGAAGUAUUGUCAACAAAAACAGGACACACAUCGGGGAGGUGAAAUUUAAACUCCUAGGACGUUGGUUAAGGAGACCAGAAUUAAAUAACUCCUUUAACCCAGCUGCAGACCAGCAUGAUUCAGGGGGAUAAAGUUCCAUAGAGUUAUAAUUCUAAUUUUUAAGGGUUUUUUUUUCCCAUAAAUUUUUGAAACCUCACAUAUUUAAACUUCAUCCUUAUUAAAUUUUUGAACAUAAUUUAGGUAUUGUGAAGUAGAAGUAAAAAGGUUUUCAGCAAUCUCUUCACGAUAAACUAAUCCCUGGCAACCCUGGCUCUUUUUCCGUGUUUAAAGCCAUCUCGGAUGGCCGUGACAUUUCCCUGAUUUGGCCCUUGCACUUGACUGUGAAAGGAGUCCCUCGAUUUCAAGCACCAGUUGAGAUCUGCCCUGGCAGAGCCUUCAGGUCCUCUCAGAGCCAGGGGCAGGGAAGGUGGCUCUGGGUUUGACCCUUUUAUCGCAAGCUUCAGUGUUCAGAACUCAUUACCAGUACCUUUAAACCACACUCAGAACAGCAGCUCGGCUUGUUUCUCCCCACUCAGAGGCCGCUUGUCCCACAGAGAGCACAGUCUGUCGGUAACGGGACAGUGACUGCGUCACAGCCAGAAGCAGGGUGGAGGCGCUCCAGACAUGGGAGGGUGCCCUGGUGCUCUGUCCCUGGGAAGUGGGGGAUUGGGUUUGCUGGCUGUGUAUUUAUACUGUAUAAUAGGUUCCACAGUUGUCUUUGUUGUCUGUAUAUGUAUUGAUUUUCAUGUUGAUGGUAUUUUCUCAUGCCAAGAUUUGUUUAUAUUUUUUCAAUGUUAAAUUAAAUUGAUUUGGGUAACUUUUCUUCCCCAAGAAAGUAUUUUCCCUCAUGACUUAAGUAGAUAUGUGACUGCUGAGGGUGGCAUUGUUUGGAUUAGUUGGCCUCCAGGGAUCUAUUCUUACAUGAAUUAUAUGCCAAGUAGAAAUGCUAUAAAGUAGCUUUUAGACAGUUACUCAUUGGAAGGGUCUUACCCAUUAAGGUUUUCUUCAGUAGAGCAUCUCUUAGGGGUUAUCAAAACAAACCUUAGUUAGUAUCAUACCCUUUUAAUUCACAGGUGCUUCUCUUUUGCAUCUUGUCUUCUUUCCUCCUGUCACCAGAGGUAUUCCUUUUAUAAUUCCCAGUUGCUUAAAUACUGUUCUACUUCUCCAGGGGAGAAACGCCUGACUGAAUUCACCUGCAAAAAGGUGUCCUAAUUUGCUUUGUACAACCAGAGCAGAAAGCAUAGGCAGCUGAUACAGUCAGUGGAACUCAAAGGAGAAUUGCUUGUACCCUGACUAUGGGUAACAGUGUAAAAGGCAAGAGAUACAAAAGUAGCCGAAAAAGCACUAGGUUAAACAGCAAACUGGAUUUAUAGGUUUCAUAAAUGUAGUCGAACAACCAUCAACAAAUACAGUUACUGACCUUGGAGAGCAGUGAAACUCACAAUCUGAAACUCAUCUGGGAUGUUUACUGAAAGAAAUGCAGCGUGGAACCUAGUACUCUUAGAAGCCUGGGUUCCGUUGAUUUGGAGUAGACUAGAAAAUUGCAUUUCUUUUUUUUCUUAAUUUUUAUUGGUCCACGUUUGAUAUACACAGUAGUCACAUUCAUCAUAGGGAAUUUGUGCCUGAACAUAUCUUGAUUCUUCUUUUUUUCCCCCCACUCCCUUUCCCUCCCUUCACCCUGCCUUUCCUUCCCUUUUACAAAGGCUUUGGGAAAUUGCAUUUAUAAUGCGCUCUUCAGUAAUUCGAAAUCAGGUGUCUUGUGGAGUAGUUUAAGAAACCCUUCCUUAGAGAAUGGAGUUUGAGUAAGAAAAUAAUAGGUGACUUUUACACUGAACUGAUUUCAUAAGAACCUAAAACAAUAGUCAAGAAAGCCAUUGGCUUGGCCCCUUCUCACUCUGAAAGCAGCAGGAGGUGUUAACAUGGGAACCCCGUUGUCUGCAGUUCAUCUUGGAAGGAAGCUUUUCCCUCUGGGCCAUUCCUGGCUCCUUUCCAAAGCCUCCCAGGAGAAGGUGAAGUCACAAUAUAUGAAUUACCUUUUAAAAGACUAAGUAUAGAUACUGAUGCUAACUUUUUAAAUUACGUGUAUUCCUUACAAAAGAUAUAUCCCACUUUUCUAUAACAUUGCUCUCUCUUCAGGGGUAGAAUGAUCCCAAUAAAAUCUCUCAUUACUAAAGAAUCAUGUUUUCAAGCUGGAGUAAGUCUUUAUGUGAUCUAAUGUUCUCCUUUGCUAGAGGAGGGCUCUGCAUAGUGGAGAGAGGAGGGAGCAGACCUGCGCUCAUGCCGCCAGGGAGUGUGCAGCUGGUACCAGGCUCUCCAGACGUCCUGCAGCAUGCUGACGGAAUGAUACAUAGAGAGGGCAGAUUUAAAAGAAGUAUUUAUUAAUAUAUUCCUGUAAAACAUUUUAAAGGUAACCACAUAAAAUGGUUAAUUUUUCCAUUCUAAAGUAAAUGCUAAGCAUGCUUAUUAAUGAAGCAGUACUUCUAAUUAGUAUAUUCUGAAGUUAAUUAAAAUCGUUACACUAAACAUGGGGGAUUGGGGAAUUGGGAUAUAGAGUAGAGCCUUAAACGCAGGAGCCCACCUUAGAGCUAUUUUAUAUAUUUUUUAAAAAGGGCCAUGGCCGUAUUUAAACUAGGAGAGGUAAUGUGUGUGCCCUUUCCCAGCAGCGAGAGGAAGGAGGAAACUUCCCUGACUCCCAGCCGAACCUGUCCGCCUUCCAGCCCAGUGCCUGUGAGUAAGAGGUGCUGGGCUCUAGGUAAUAGCUUCACAAGUCCCUCUGAGAGCGAGAAAAGUCUUGUUUGUAUGUUUGUUUUUAAACAACCCCAAUACACGUUUGUGUUGUGUUCAGCAAAAUUGGAGUUGAGGUCUUUCAUUCUGGAGCAUAAGUGCCUGCUGUUCGAAGCACUGACUUGUACAAAUGAAUUGCAUGUCUCAGUCCAGUAAGUUUAUGGGUGUUCUCAUUUUCAGCUACAUGGCUUUUAAUCAUGGAAAGUGAAACAUUAGUUUUGUUGCAUUUUAUUACAGGUUCUUGGUUGCAAUAAAGAUGCUGCUGAAAUUAA